AUGCUCGUUCCCACGCGAGAGCUCGCCGACCAGGUUCACAGGUCAAUCGAGUCGCUCGCCGCUUUCUGCGCCAAGGAUAUCCAGGCCGUCAAGCUCACCGACAAGGUCUCGACCACCGUCCAGCGUGCGCUCCUCUCCGCGAACCCCGACAUUGUCAUCUCGACACCCGCCAGGGCGUGGGAGAACGUCAGCUCAUCCGCACUAUCGCUCGCCAACCUCACUCAUCUCGUCCUCGACGAGGCCGAUCUCGUGCUGAGCUACGGCUACAAGGAGGAUCUUCAGAAUGUGGCACGGUCGCUGCCCAAGGGCGUGCAGACGAUCCUCAUGAGUGCGACGUUGACGCCAGAAGUCGACACGGUCAAGGGGCUGUUCUGCAGGAACCCCGCGCUGCUCGACUUGGAGCAGCCCGAGGCGGAGGGCGAUGGCAUCACACAGUUCGUCGUCAAGUGUGCCGAGGAUGAAAAGUUCUUGCUCAUCUACGUCAUCUUCAAGCUGAAGCUGAUCCAGGGCAAGGCGCUGGUGUUUUGCCACGACGUCGACCGCUCGUACAAGCUGAAGCUCUACUUUGAACAGUUUGGCAUUCGCAGCUGUAUCCUGAACGCGGAACUGCCCGUGAACAGCCGUCUCCACGUGGUCGACGAGUUCAACAAGGGUGUGUACGACAUUCUCAUCGCGUCAGACGACAAUGAGGUGGUGGGCGACGAAGGCCAAGAGGACGAAGGCGAGGAGGAGACGACAGAGGAGCCGAAGAAGGAGACCAAGAAGUCCAAAAAGAAGCAGCAGCAGCAGCAGCGUGCUUCGCGCAAAGACAAGGAGUACGGUGUCUCCCGUGGCAUCGACUUCAAGAACGUCGCCGCCGUCAUCAACUUUGACCUCCCCACAAGCGCAAAGUCCUACACCCACCGCAUCGGCCGCACCGCCCGCGCCGGCCAGCGCGGCAUGGCCCUGUCGUUUGUCAUCCCGGCGCAGCACUACCGCGCCACCCGCCCUCGUCGGUUGAGUCGGCCGAGCACGACGAGAGAUUCUCGCGCGCAUCGAGAAGCAGCAGGCCAAGAAGGCAAGAGGCACGUGCCGGACUACCUGCUCCCGGCCGAUGGCAAGAAGGGACUGACGGCGGAUGAGGUGGGCUUCGUGCCGCUGAGGAAGAAGAAUGACCGACGCAAUAGCAGCCGUCGGGCGGGCGGAAAGAAGAACAGUAACAGGGUGUUCAAGGUCGGGAGAAAGAAGAGCGACCCGUUGAAGUCUUUCAAGGCUAAGGCGGCGAAGAAGUAA